AUGUCUUUGGCCUCUGGUGUCUCCGUUGAAGAUGAAUGCAUCACCGCCUUCAACGAAUUCCGUCUGAGCCGCGGCAAAGUCAAGUUUGUCAUCUACAAGAUCACCGACGACAAGAAGCGCGUCGUCGUCGAAGAGUCCUCGGGGGACAAGGACUGGGAAGUCUUCCGAAGCAAGCUCGCCGACGCCAAGGAUGCCGCUGGCAACCCGGCUCCCCGAUUUGCCGUUUACGACGUCGAGUAUGAGAUUCCCGGCGAGGGCAUUAGGAACAAAAUCAUCUUUAUCUCCUGGGUGCCAGAGAGCACACCCACUCGCUUAUCCAUGCUUUACGCCAGCACCCGCGAAGUCCUGAAGAACGCAGUGAACGUGGUCAGCUCCAUCCACGCAGACAGCCCAGCCGACAUUGAGUGGAAGGUUGUUCUCGCCGAUGCCAGCAAGGGCCAGGGCAAGACCAUCAGCUAA